AGUGGAAUCUUGACCAUUUUAACCUUUCCCGAUAACAUCGGACCUCUUGUUUCUUUAUUUAACCCUCUCUUCGCUUCUCUUCUCUUCUCUUCUCAUCCCCACAAAACACAUCUCAGACAUGGCUAGCAUAACGUUGGUGUCCUCCCUCGUCCUGCUACUGUCGUCCUACGUGGCCACAGGAUCCACCCUCGAUGAGUCCAAUCCCAUCAGAUUGGUAUGGGAAGGCCUCUUUGACUUCGAGGCUUCUGUCCUCCAGGUCAUCGGCCAAUCCCGUCACUCUCUCUCCUUUGCUCGUUUUGCUCACAGGUAUGAGAAGAAAUACGAGACCGUUGAAGAGUUGAAACUACGAUUUCAGAUUUUCUCCGAGAACUUAGAUUUAAUCAGAUCCACUAACAGAAAGGGCUUGUCCUACAAGCUCGGCGUAAACCAGUUUGCUGAUUGGACAUGGGAAGAAUUCAGAAGACACAGGUUGGGAGUUGCACAAAACUGCUCGGCUACUCUAAAGGGCAAUCACAAGCUUACCGAGGAUGCCCUUCCCGACACGAAAGACUGGAGAAAAGUAGGCAUAGUUAGCCCGGUGAAAGAUCAAGGCCACUGUGGAUCUUGCUGGACCUUCAGCACAACUGGAGCUCUUGAGGCAGCUUACCACCAGGCCUUUGGAAAGCAAAUAUCUUUGUCAGAACAACAGCUUGUCGACUGUGCCCAAGCUUUCAAUAAUUUUGGUUGUAAUGGUGGGUUGCCGUCGCAAGCCUUUGAAUAUAUCAAAUACAACGGUGGCCUUGAUACUGAGGAGGCAUAUCCCUAUACCGGUAAAGAUGGUGUAUGCAAAUUCUCAUCAGAAAAUGUUGGUGUACAAGUUGUGGAUUCUGUCAACAUUACCUUGGGUGCUGAGGAUGAAUUAAAGCAUGCAGUUGCUUUUGUUCGACCAGUGAGUGUAGCCUUUCAGGUCGUAAAAGAUUUCCGAUUGUACAAGAGUGGAGUUUACAGUAGCGACACAUGUGGCUCUACUCCCAUGGAUGUGAACCAUGCAGUUCUUGCAGUUGGGUAUGGAGUUGAAAAUGGUGUUCCAUACUGGCUGAUUAAGAACUCUUGGGGGGAAAGCUGGGGUGACCAUGGCUACUUCAAGAUGGAGUUGGGGAAAAACAUGUGUGGUGUUGCAACUUGUGCAUCAUACCCAGUGGUGGCUUAGUUUGUUUGAGCAGGAAUUGUUGGCUGAAUGAGCAAGUCGUUUGUGCUAUAUUUUCAGUGAGGGGUUCUCGUAUAAUAAUGGUGAUAGCAAUGUACAAAAUAAGAUUUAAGACUACUUUGUUUAUGAAUUCCACACCAAGAAAGCAAACACACCCUGUAUAUUUUCAGCUUGGUUGCUGUAUGUGGGAUUUUUAAGUUAAGAUUAUAUUUGUAUUGUCACAGUAAAUCUUAUUUAACAAAUAAUGAGUUGGUGAUUGGAAA